CCUACCUCAGCUGUGAUGAUCCACAUCAUUGAAAAUGAAACAUGAUCCAGUAUCUGAUCGUUACGCAACUCUUCUUUACUGGUAUCCAAGCUCCAGCUAUCGUAAAUGGAAUCUUUAAACCCACCGAGCCCAAGCAAGGGGAAUUUCCUUACCACGCUAAUUUAAUGCUAAUACACGACAAAAAAUAUUACAGUUUUUGUGGUGGUAGCCUCAUACACCCAAGAUGGGUUUUAAGUGCCGCGCAUUGUAUUCGACUAGACAUCGAUCACCCUGCUAUUAAACCGCAAGCAAUCUUCAUAGCCCUUGGUAGCGUAUUCAGAAACUCCAGAGGAGCCCAAAUUUUGGGAGUGGCGAGAACAAUCAUCCACCCCACGUAUCUAGAGACAGACAGAAACGAUAUAGCCCUGCUCAAACUGAAAACGGCCGCUGAUCUAGGUCCUAACGUGAAAGUUAUCAAGUUGCACACCAGCAAUGGGGAGGAUCUUCUUGGGAAAACCGUAUUCCUCACUGGUUUCGGCAUAACAAAUGAUCUUCGAGAUACUCCAGAAAAGCUCAGGAAAGCAACUCUACACGUCAACACAAUAAAUAAAUGUUUCAGCGAAAAAGAAUACGCCAAUAUUGAGAUUUGUGCAACGUCCACCAUGUCUGAAGGAAAAGCAUGUAAGGGAGACAGUGGAGGCCCUCUAGUUCUCCAACAGAACGGACAUCUGAUACAAGUUGGUAUAACCAGCCACCUGGCAUUACUACCCUUUUGUCGCUUUCAAUUCAACAACUCUGUGUACACUAGAGUUUCCGCCUACAUUGAGUGGUUGUCCAAAGUCACCGGAGUCAAUUUCAACACAUAUCCUUUCUGAUGUUCCAGUCUCAAUGUAAAAUAAAUUUUUGAGGUGUAUUUUA